UACCGUCGCUGCGCUAGUCAUGCUCGUAUCAAUCGCUUAUAUACACAAAGUCAUCAUUUUAUACGAAGUAAACACCUACACCGAACAGUCGAACGCAGUAGCGUUGACGAAGAAAAUACAAACAACGCGUCGAGACUUGUGCGUAGCAGUCUUUACUUCAGACUGUCGAAAACGUUCAACGUAAACGGAGACUCGCUGCAGGAGCGCUGAGCCGGCAGUUUUUUUUCGUGCAGCGCUUCGCGCAACAGACAGAGACCGGCCUGCAUUGUUAUCGCGAGAGACUCGGCAGUGUGUGUACUUUGAUCGUGAUAAGAACAGUAUCGGUGUGCAUGCUGCAAGCAGCCAACGGAGAAGCGCUUUUAGGUUAAGUUCGGCUUGUUGUUGUCCAGUGUUCGGAAGUGAGACCCGCUGAUCGAGGAUUUUUCAAACAGAUACAGAGAGAGAGAGAGAGAGAGAGAGAGAGAGAGAGAGAGAGAGAGAGAGAGAGAGAGAGAGAGAGCGAGCACCGAUCGCAACGAUGCUUCCCGAAGAAGCGGCGCCGGCGACGAGCGCUUUCAAGUGUUCCGAUGGAUUCGAGGAAGUGGAAGAGGAAGUGAUCAUCGAUGACGAUGUUAUCGUCGAGGAGAUACGCCUAGACGAAGACAGUCCGAGCGAAUUUAAGGUUCUGCUGGUCAUGUCCAUGGAUGCCAAUGGAGGUCCGAAUCAGCAGCUCAUUACGCUUGAAAUGUCGCCGAAUGGCGAUCAGAUGCAGAAAGUUGGAGAAUGGGCGAGGAACCAAUUUGCAAGGUUUAAACCAAACCAUAUUAUCCGCGUCACAUCAGUGGGUCUGCCGAAUUACUGCUUCAAAUAUCUGAUCGAAAUCUCGCCUCGUAAAGCCCAGGAAAUGAAUCAGUUGAGGAAAAAGUGCAAUAGUACGCAAUCGACUUCUAACGACGUCCUUUUCGACGAUGUGAUCGAAGGAGUUAUCGAAGAAGUACAACUAGACGUGGACGAGGAAGAAAGUCCGCAAUGUAUCGAAGAAGUUGAAGUUGAAGUAAUAAGUGAUGUAGCUACAGAACGUGACGAAGAGAAGAAAACUGAAGAAAAUAAUAUCGAAAAAAGCGGUAACGAAGAGGACGUUCCUAUGGAGAACAUGAGAGAAUGCAAGGAAUAUGUAGAGAUGAAAAAUCACAAUCUCUCUGGGUUCGAUCUAGCGCUAUCUGAUACUGAUGAUAAUGAUGAUGACAAUGAUGUCGGCAUUCCGUCGCAAGAAGAAAUUCAAAUCGAAGACAGUCCCGUGCCUCGUCGAAAAAGCACAAGAAGCAAGUCGAAAAAUGGAGUUGAACUCCUGCUGAUCUAUCCCGCGCCGCCUGAAAAGGGCGGCAUAUCAGUGAACACCGAGGAUUACAAGUGUCUAGGCGAGGACAUUUACCUGAACGAUGUUAUAAUCGACUUUUACCUCAAGUAUACAUGGAUGAAGAUGCUGUCGCUGGCCGACAGACAGAGGACGCAUAUAUUCAGCUCGCACUUUUUUACGCGAUUAGCUAGGUCCUAUACGGCGGAAGGCGACGUUGAGGAUAUGACUGAAGCAGAAAAGAGCCACGCUGGCGUGCAAAGGUGGACCAAGAACGUCAACAUUUUUGAGAAGGAUUUCAUCGUUGUUCCAGUGAACGAACACUCUCAUUGGUUCUUGGUGAUUAUAUGCUUUGCAAAUUUAGUUAAUGCCGUUGGCCCACUGCAAUCUGAUUGUUUUAUUAGUGGAGGCGAAGCGCAAAGGCCUUGUCUCCUGGUUUUCGAUUCGCUUGGUGGCAUAGACAAAUAUCGAGUAGCGAAUGUAUUAAGGUCAUACUUAUCUGUUGAAUAUCUUACUAAAAGAGGCGAACAAACAGAAUUUAAUAAAGAUACGUUAAAGACCGUGUACGUAAAAGUGCCGAGACAAACAAAUGCGACUGAUUGUGGAUUAUAUGUAUUACAGUACAUAGAGAAUUUUUUUAAGUAUCCUAUUCAAGAUUUUACGCUUCCAUUUAAAGAUUUGUCAAAUUGGUUCGAGCCCCGCUUAAUUGUACAAAAACGUGAACAAAUUUCAGAGAUUAUUACUGAUUUAGCAAUCGAAUUCAGUGAGGAUAAAAGCGUCAAUUUACCCGAAGUUAAGUUUCCACAAUACACCGGGGUGAAUUCUUCAGAUAACGAAGAAUCAUGGUCGCAUGGAAGUUCGUCGAUUUCGCUAAAUUGGCCAAAAACUGAAUUAACAGUUCCUCAACCAAAUGAAAACUCAUAUGAAUUUGUAACAACACGAAAACCGUCAAAAUACAAGCUUAACAAAAAACUAUUUGAUUCCACGCCGACGUUUUAUAAGCGUAAUAGCACGUUAGUUAAUAUUAAGAAGUCUUUUUUGCGUUUGAAAGGUACCUCAGAUGAUUUAUCAGAUGGUGAAUAUAAGCCUAUAGAUUUUGAGUCGGAUACAUCAGAAAUAUUCGACAUAAAUACGAAAUCUAUAAAUAAUUUUGCUUCUACGAGUAAGAAUUCUUUCGUCGACGUUGAAAUUGAAUCUACAAAAUCCAAACGGCCUGUGCGCAAGGCAGUGACGAGAGCUACGCAGAUAGAAAAAAAGGCAAGAAUUGUCAAAGAAAGAAAGCGCAAUGAAGACUCUAUAUACUACAAAAAGGACAAUGUAGAAAGUAACGGUCUAAUUCAUUCGUCUUCAUCCAAUAAGUUUCCUGCUAAAGGCAAAAUGCUUGGAUCAUCGCCGUGGAUGUUUAAGCACAAUAACAUGUCAAGCAGUUUUACUCUUGAUUCAGGCAUGUCAUCAGAAAGCUUUUAUGGUUACUCCGUUAAAAAUGAACCAACAGCGCUAAGUACUUUAAAAUUCAAGAAGAAAAGACUCGAAAAGCAUUGCGAUUCCUCGUAAAACUGUGGAGAUAAUUUUUAUAUGAGAUGAUAAGUUAAGAUUUUAUAAACGUGUACUGAAAACUUAUAAAUAUUUUGUAUUAGUUGCAUCGUUCCUGAUACUUCUUUAAUUUUUUUACUUUUUCUACUUAAUUCUGUUAUUUUAUAUAACUACAACUGAAGUAAGAAGCAACAUUUUGACUGUUUUUCGAAUUUAGCUGUCAAUUUGAAUAAUACAUAAAUAGAUGAUUUAUCAUUGAAUUUCUUUUAUAUGAUAAAAAGAAUAGCAUGAAUUAAUGAGGGCAAAGAAAAAUUCAGCGAUUUUUUAGCAUAUUAAAAAAGUAAGCAUCCUAGUUUAAAAUAUGAACUCACUUUGUCUUACAAGCACUUAACGUGAUUUUACGCUUUUUCUUAGAAUAAGUUUUUUUUACAGUAAAAAAUAAAUGUAA